AUGAGAUCACAAAGAGAAAUGAAGAACCAUACAAGAGAGAUAGAAUUUAUCCUUCUCGGACUUUCAGAUAAUUCUCAGUUACAGAUUGUAAUUUUUUUGUUUCUCUUAAUAAAUUACUUGCUGAGUAUGCUAGCAAACUUAACUAUCAUUGUCCUCACUCUGCUAGAUCCCCUUCUCAAGACACCAAUGUACUUUUUUCUCCGUAGUUUCUCUUUCUUAGAAAUUUUAUUCACAACAACCUGCGUUCCCAGAUUUUUAGUCACCAUUGUAACUAAGGACAAUACAAUUUCCUAUAAUGGUUGUAUAUGUCAAUUAUUCUUUUACAUAUUCUUGGGGAGCACAGAGUUUUUCCUCUUGGCUACCAUGUCCUAUGACCGCUAUAUUGCCAUCUGCAAGCCCUUGCACUAUGCAUCCAUCAUGAGCGGCAAAGUUUGCCAUCAGCUUGUCCUGGGUUCCUGGGUAACUGGAUUCUUGGUGAUUUUUCCACCCUUGAUUAUUGGCCUUGACUUGGAUUUCUGUGCUUCAAAUGUCAUAGACCAUUUCCUUUGUGAUGUUUCUCCUGUCCUACAGCUUUCUUGCUCAGACACACAUUUACUAGAACUGGCUGCUUUUGUCUUAGCUCUAAUGACACUCAUUGUCACAUUAACAGUAGUAAUCCUUUCUUAUGCUCUCAUUGUCAAGACGAUUAUAAAAUUCCCUUCAGUUCAGCAAAAGAAAAAGGCCUUUUCCACUUGUUCUUCUCACAUGAUUGUUGUUUUUCUCACUUAUGGGAGUUGCAUAUUUAUUUACAUAAAGCCAUCAGCAAAUGAAAGAGUAACUGUGAGCAAAGGAAUAGCUGUGCUCAACACUUCAGUUGCCCCUUUGUUGAACCCAUUCAUUUAUACACUGAGGAAUAAGCAAGUCAAACAAGCCUUUGGAAUAGCAUUUAGAAGAAUAUUUCCUGCUUCAGGAAGGUAA